AUGAAGCCAAAGAAGUGGAGCAGUCGCAGUGACGACGGCACCGACAGAACAGCUCGCGAUCGCAACAACUUUGCGCUAGAAGUGGAGCGGUCAGUGCUAGGCCGACCCAAGACGGCUGCAAAGGACCUUGAAAAGUAUCGAGGCGUCGUGCCAAAUGAUUUUUUCCAGCAGGCCCAAGUCGCUGCACGUAUGCCUCGAGAGCUGGAGGAGCUUUUCAGCCUGACAGACGCCUACACCCCGUUGGAUAUCGAGAUUGAAACGCGGUUGGAGCCGUUCCUUCCGGAGUUUACUCCCUCUGUGGGUCUUCCGUUUGAUGGCAUUCUGAUACCAAGGCCGGACGACAAAGAGGACAACACCGGCUUUGACAUCCUGCGAGAACCGUCAGGACAGACCAAUGUAGCUGAGCUAGAACUGCUGAUGCAGGUGAGUGUGGCCAAUAGGAACAAACCUCGCAGUAGAAGAGAAGUCGUGCGAAGUAUCGAGAACGCAUCUCACCGUCCGCAAGAGCUCGAGCAGUGGAUAACCAGCGUCGAAAAGAUACAAGGGACAAAACCUUUGGCUCAAGUAAACUACAGGCAACCCAUGCCGCCACUUUCUCAGUUAAUGGAGCUGUGGCCGGAAGAGCUCGAGGAUUACCUAGCCGCUCGAGGUGAUGCAUUCCCUGCGCUAUCCGAACUGGAAUUGAGUUUCAAGGAGUUGGUGAAGAUUGUCUGCGCCGUGUUGGAUAUUCCUGUGUACGAAGACAAUUAUGUGCAGUCAUUGCAUGUAUUAUUCUCACUUUACCUUGAAUUCGAAGCCUACGAACGAGACGCCCAAGGUUUACAACGAUAG